CUCUCAGCUGCGUCCCCGUCUUACUGUCCUGCGCGCCCCCCGGACCCCGAGGAGCGCCAUGGCCGGGAUGUCGCUGCCGCUGCUGCUGCUGCUGCUCCUGCUGCCGCUGCCGCCGCCGCCCCGGCUCCUGCUCCUCGGGACACCGCUGACCCUGAGCCCCUCGAGCAACCUGUGGUUGGAGCUGAGCGCGGCGAGCCUGAGCCCGGGCAGCAGGUGCGGGCCCGACGAGUACUGGUCUGGGAGGCGCUGCUGCCAGCGCUGCCCCGCAGGCCACUAUGUCCACAAGCCGUGCAGCAGCCCCCACACCCAGAGCGAGUGUGAGGCGUGUGACACAGGGACCUACACGGGGCACGCCAACGGCCUGCAGUCCUGCCUGCUGUGCACCAUCUGCCGUGAGGAUCAGGAGAUGGUGAGUGACUGCACCCCGAAACAGGACCGGCGGUGCCAGUGCAAAACCGGGGAGUUCUACUGCGACUCUGAACCCUGCCCGGAGAGCUGCUACCGCUGCACCAGGUGCCCCGAGGGGAAGGUCGUCCUGCAGACGUGCAACGCCACGGCGGACACCCUGUGCGGCUGGCCCGGCCCAGGGCCAGGGAAACGACACCGGUUCUGCUGGAUGGCAGGCUGGCUCUUUGCCGCGGUGGCCGGGGCCCUCGUCAUUCUCUGCGUCAGGAAACCCGGAGACGGAGGCGGCCGGGCGGCCUGCUGCUGUCCCCAUGCAGGACCCGUCUCCACAGGACGCCCUUACAGAAGAGACAGCCUGGUGAGUGCUCCAGGCCAGGCCAGCCCCGGGCUGGGACGGGGGGGACCCACUCCAGCUGCGGUGAGCCCCUCGCUGCCUGAGCGUCAGCCGAACACGAGCCGAGGGCUGAGCUGGAUGCGCCUUAGACUCUGGAGGGAAACUGAGGCACCGAGGCCAGCGGAGCCAGCCGUGAGGGCAGAGCCGAGACCAGAGCCGGCCCGGCCCCACUGAGCAUGGGGUCUAUGGGCCCCUGUCCUCUUGCCGGGGCACCUGGGAUGAGCCCCCGACUCCAGACACGUCUUGCCUUUUCAGGAGAGCUCUGUGGCCUUUGUGUCAUCGCCUGAGACCCCAGAUGCAGACUCUCCGGUGCCCACGACGGGGGCCCUCCACCGGGCCUCUAGUAUAUGUAUAUAAAUAGAACAGUUAUUAAUUUUUAUUUGACAAAGCUUCCCAUGUAAUAUCAAGUAUAUCAAAUCGGCCUAAUUUAGUUCAAAAUAUUUUUUUUAGAAGAGAGAAUAAAUCCCAAGUCAUUCCAGGGCCAUGGGAAUGUCCCAAAGCUAUCUCUUGGUUAAAGUCACAAAAUUUAACUUGGAAAGACUGUUAAAUAUACACAACCCAAAGAUUACAUCACACACUCUUUGUAAUUAUUCUAAACACAUCAGUUAAGCUUAAACCAGUUUUAAUAUUAAAAAUUUGGUUUGGUCCUGACCUGUUUGGCUCAGUGGAUAGAGCAUCGGCCUGUGGACUGAAGGGUUCUGGGUUCGAUUCCGGUCAGGGGCAUGCACCUUGGU